GCGGCAGCGGCCUCGACGUCGACGACCGCGCCGCCCGCGAUGGGAAGUGCCUUAUAAAGACGCAGCUCGGCCCGGCCCGACCGACUUGUCGCCGCGCUUCCCCGCGAGUGCGCGCGGAGGCUGGGGGCGGACCCCGGACAGACCCGGGUCACGACGGACUCCGGUCUUUGACAGCCGCCAGACGGACCCCAGCUCCGGACAGAUCUCGGACGGACCGCGGCUCCCGGCGGACUCCGGCCGGAUCCCGGCCCCGGGCAGACCGCAGGCAGACCCCGGCCGGCUCCCCGCUCCCGACAGACCUCGGACGGACCCUGACCCGGGAGAGACCCCGGUCCCGGGCAGACCGCAGGCACACGGCGGCGGCCCGAUCCCGGCCCCGGAGACGUCGGACGCACUCCGGCCCGGGACAGAUCCCGGCCCGAUCCCGGCUCGGGGCAGACCUCAGGCAGACCCCCGGCCCGGCGAGCGGGCCGGAGAGCGGGCGGGGGCCGAAGGCGCCCCCGGAGGCGGGGGCAUGCGCGGCCCGCGGCAUGGCCUCGGCGGUGUUUGAGGGCACCUCGCUUGUGAACAUGUUCGUGCGCGGUUGCUGGGUGAACGGCAUCCGCAGGCUCAUCGUCAGCCGGCGCGGCGACGAGGAGGAGUUCUUCGAGAUCCGCACCGAGUGGUCGGACCGCAGCGUGCUCUACCUGCACCGCAGCUUCGCGGACCUCGGCCGCCUGUGGCAGCGCCUCCGCGACGCCUUCCCCGAGGACCGGCCGGAGCUAGCGCGCGUGCCGCUGCGGCAAGGACUGGUGGCCAUAAAGGAUGCCCACGAUAUAGAGACCAGGCUUAAUGAGGUGGAGAAGUUGCUAAAGACCAUCAUAAGCAUGCCGUGCAAAUAUUCCAGGUCAGAAGUUGUGCUCACCUUCUUUGAAAGAUCUCCUCUGGAUCAGGUGUUAAAAAAUGACAACGUACAUAAAAUUCAACCCAGCUUUCAGAGUCCAGUGAAAAUAUCAGAAAUCAUGAGAUCCAAUGGAUUUUGCUUAGCAAAUACGGAAACCAUCGUUAUUGACCACAGUAUACCAAACGGAAAAGACCAACGCCUGGGUGUGGAUCCGACAGAGCAUUUGUUUGAGAAUGGCGGUGAAUUUACCUCAGAGCUGGAAGAUGGUGAUGACCCAGCAGCUUAUGUCACCAACCUAUCCUAUUACCACCUGGUCCCCUUCGAGACGGACAUUUUGGACUGAGUCUCUGGUGGGCCCCCACCUCCCC